AAAAAGGCCCAAAAGAGAACUGUGCUUGCAUUGCCGUCGAUGAUUGCGAGUUGCGAACGUUGGUUGUUGAGUAAUGAAUACUGAAAUGAGAGGAAAACUAAAACUUGUAUAGAAUCAGAGAUUCAGAAUACGAAUCCCCGUUACGCACUCAAUUCCCUGCCCGCGACGUAACUCUCCUCGAAAUUCGAAUAGCUUCUUCUUCUUGAAGGGCAAACCACUAAGCUUCUUCUCCCUCUUUCUCUCUCCACGCAUUUGCUUUCGAUGGACGAAGUCAUCAUGGCCUCUGAUGCAUCGUCAAGCUUUCGAUCAGCAUCAUUUCAGCCCUCCAUAAUUCCCUCCAACACUCCUCUUCUCUCCGCUUUCCUUGCCUUCGCUAUCGCUCAGUUCCUUAAACUCUUCACCACCUGGUACAAAGAGAAGAGAUGGGAUUCUAGAAGGAUCCUUGGAUCAGGUGGGAUGCCCUCAUCACAUACAGCAACUGUGACCGCUCUUGCAGUAGCUAUUGGUCUACAAGAAGGAACUGGAGCACCAACAUUUGCUAUUGCGCUGGUUUUGGCAUGUGUUGUUAUGUAUGAUGCUACUGGUGUUCGACUUCAUGCUGGUCGCCAAGCUGAAUUAUUAAAUCAAAUUGUAUGUGAGCUACCUCCUGAACACCCGGCCUCCAAUGUCAGACCUCUUCGAGAUUCACUAGGUCACACUCCUCUCCAGGUUGCUGCUGGUGCCGCUCUAGGGAGCAUUGUGGCAUUUCUCAUGAGAAGUUCCUAGGGGAUGAUAUCGCUAUUGAUGAUUCUGACCUAUUUAGUGAACACUGAACAGGCUCUUCUCAUUCUUGCAAAUAUAUUUACUCCUCCAUAGAAGAAUCAAACCUUUUGCUUUGUGUGGCUGUACUCAUUGUUAUUGCCUGGGGUCUUCUAUUCUCAUGUAGGAUUACUUGACUGAGUGAUGUAUGUAAAAAUUUAUUUGCAUACGAUUGUCUUCAAAUAUCCAUGCAAGAAAGUUGUAAAGUUGACACUGCAUGAUAAUAAAACUAUCAGUUGCUGACUAUGAAAGAAA